AUGAAUUUUAAUUAACAAUAACGAUUUCAUAAGAAACCUUAUUCUUAAUAUGAUCUCCAUACUGAUAGGCCUUCCAAGAUGCCUUCUUUUAUGAAAUCAUCUGAAAUUGUUUCAAACUUUAAAGAGAAUUAGGAUCCUAUUCAAUAUUCAAAUAUUUCUAUAAUUAAAGAAAUUCAAGAUAUCGAAAAAAUGUAUUAAGACAAAAUAGAUUCUUUAAAAAAAUUAAAUGCGAAGUUAAUGUCAACAAUUGAAUUUAUGGAAAAAACACUUGAGCAAUAAAAAAGUAUGCUUUAAGAAAAAUAACAAAUUGUAAUUAUUUCAUAUUAAUAUAAAUUAAGAUUAUGAAACAAUAAAAUGAACUUUCUUAAUAUCGUUAAAUCCUAUCAUAAAAUACUCAAGUCAAUAUUAAGAAUUUAAAAACAGAAAUUGAAGAUGAAAAAAUAAAAACAGAAAGAUUACAUUAUGAAUUAAAAGAUUUUAAAUAUAAGUUUGAAAAAGAAAAACCAUUGGUACAUUUGUUUAAAAAGAUUGAAUAAACUUAAGAAGAAUAUAAUUAAUAAAAUAAAUUAUUUAUGAGAGAAGUCCUACAAUUAUUAGAUAAACCUCGAAGUCAAUCAUUUUAUCGAUAACCCUCAAAAUAACAUAUUAAGAAAUCCUCGUUUUAUAAUUGA